AUGAUAUUGGAGCCCAAAUUCAACAAGCUUGCCAGAUCACUCACCAGCUUGAACGGGGCAACCUCAAUCACUGUGGGUACAGUAGAGCUUGACAUCUACUCUCCAUUGAUAGUCUACUCGCAGAUCUUCAUGGUUAUCAACGAGGUAUCCCCCUACAAUGGCUUGAGCCGAAGAUGGAUUAGCAAGAUUGAUGUCGUCGCAUCCGCUAUACACCAGAAGAUUUGCUACCUUAUCCGUGAGGGCGGAAUCGGGCAAAUCAACAGUGAUCAAACAAUGGCGAGGAGAUGCAUAACCCAAGGGCUAAGGAAGAGCAAACAGCUGUAG